UGGAGCGUCGGCAUGCCUUCUUCCUUGAAAACCUUCAUUUCGGUCUUACUGGCCCUUGUGAUCUUCAGGUCAUCAACUGCGCAGCUCGAUAAAGAGCGCGGCCGUUUCCUAGGUGCUCUGAGCACCAUCACUCACCUUACGUUCGUCACCACCACGUCCACCAUCCCCUACACCUGCUACACUUCGUUCGCUACCGUCAACUGUGGCAGGAGGAAGAGAUCCAAUAGUCAACAGCCUCGCCAAGACUCUUGGUUGCCCGCUGCGCCCGAAUUGAGCGGAUCGCUGUCAGAGGCGGGCCCCGAAGUCCAGACGCGCGUGGCGGUGGCCGAGGAAUACGUCGGGGAAAGAAAAGGACGCUUCGCGGUGACGGUGUGGACUUCAGUCACGACCACGUACACGAUUAUCAUGACGGCUACUAACUUGUCGAUAACGUAUUCUGUGUCCAUUUUGUGUAGUGUGCCGGGGGCGACGUUCCCUAACGCCUGUGGGCGAUGAUCAAGGAGAGUAACCAAGUUAGGACCAAAAUUAGAGCUCCAGGAUGUUUGAUUUACAUUUUUUUGUUUUUAAUUUCAUAAAUUUUACAAAAAUUUUAUGGCAUUAGCCUGUAGAAGAGAAAAUUUAACUUCAGUAGUUUUUUUUCGGGCAAGUUCUUUCUUUCGAAAUAGGACUGAAAAUAUCGCUUUAUUAUGUGUCACCAUCUAUGUACGCGGCAGCAUGAGGCUAUAAAGAAUUGUUCUUCAUUAAACAUUAGUGUUAUCACCCUAACACAAUUUAAGGCCGAGGGCGGCUCUGAAUUAGGGAAUGCCUAAGACUCGGGGAGCAUAUUAAAUCUGCUUCUCUAUGUCAGCUUUUUGGUCUACAUUCCGGUCCCAAGUCAGACAGCUACCAGAGCCUGGUCCUUAGUCUGGCGGCCGUUGAGUGGUUCGCAUUAGGGUCGUCCCCGUGUCCGGGGCAGCUCUGGCCGAGUCUGACUACGUGAUUAAAAAAUGGCCCCCUCUUCCUCGGCAGUGAGAGGAUGGAAGGGGUAAUUGAAUUUAUGCGUGAUUUACCAUCAAUGCCUGUUUCUGUAACUCACUAAAUACAAAUACUAAGAAAACAUUUUUCCUUCACAUCCGAAGAAAUAAUGCAAAAAAAUUAUCGAUAAUCAAUUAAUGGUAACAAUAUCAGAGUUGUGCAACCAAACAAUGUCAGUGUUGUGUAUUCUCUGCUAUGAGGAACGCUGCCACAUAUAAUUCACAAAAGCAUUGAAAAUAGACGAAAAAUUAAACCAUAAUUCCUUCAAUUUGAACCAUGAGUCCUUCUCGUCUUGAAUCAACUGAUAACGGCUUUCCACUCAAUUGCUUUUGUAGCAUUUAUCGGUAUUAGCAUAUUUUAUUGGUAAGCUCUAUUAUUGGUAAGCAUUUACAGCCAUAGAGAACAUACAAGUGUCUACAUACCCAGUAUAGCAGUGUAAUCGCCAUCGGUAAGCAGUGAAGAGUUAAUAUGAGAUUAAAUUACAAUUUGCUUACCUGCAGUCCGGUGAGAGAACGACGCGCAGCUCCCAAGUCUCGAACGCGUGUUAAGACGAUGUGUAGACUGAGCCUCAUCGCAGCACGCUACGGAUUAU